CUACCUCGCUACCAAGUAGUUGAGUAAGGCAUAAACCCUGAACAAGAUCUCCCUAUCUCCCCAGUUGUCUCAGUUGCAGCACAGGGCAGAGCAGGAUGAGGAGGAGAAGGACAAGAUCAAGCAGAGGAUGACCGGGUUUGUCAGUCAGGAGAAAGAAAAGUUUGAGAGACUGGCUACACACAUGAAGACCCAACAGAGAGAUCUGCUGGCAAAGAGUGCCCAGAUUCAGCAGGUGAAGGAGUUGAUUCGCAAUUCUCCUCAUCUUGCCCGAACUCCUCUGAGAGAUACCAAUCAAACCAUCACCAUGGCGAAAACUACGGCAACGCCACCUGCCGCCUUCGCCAAGGGCAAUGCACCUCCGAUAAAGGGCAAAGGUCGUAAGAGAUCAGCGUCGGAGAACUGGUUGGAACAUGUCCCGUCGAGUACUGUGGAGAAUGGAGGAAUCCUGCAACCUCAGUUGAAGAAGAAACGAACAGUCAGUACCCCCAAACCAAAGGACUUCCAGUCAAAGAGAGUCGGUCGCUACGUUCUCCAGCACCAGGAGGAAGACUCCGAUGGAGACAUCAAGACCGCUCUUUACAAGGGGGAUAUCCAGCCAACUCGAGGUGGGGGAACAAGUGUCACAUUCACUGGAGUAGAGACACACAGACACUCCAGCCAGUGCAUCCUGUCACUCCCAAAAGUCACCAGAAGAUCCAACAGACUAGCGGUGCGUGGAGGCAACCCGACGCGACCAGCUCUCUCCUCUGGAGGAGGGCAGAGCCCGGACCACUCCAUCUCCUCUCUCUCCUCCACCUCCGUCUCUUCCUUCAUGGACCACUCUGCCAGAGGAGGAGGAGGAAUGGAGGGUGAUGGAGAGGAGGAUUCUUGGACUGACGUUGAAACUAGAGAGACUCACAUACUUCACGUCUUCCCAGAGGAUUUCUACGGAGCUGAGCUGAGAGUAUGUGUGGCUGCCUUCAUUAGAGAGGAAAAGAGCUUCCCUUCAUUAGAAUGUCUGAAGAAGGAGAUCCACAAAGACAUAGAGACGGCAAGAGAGAGGCUAACUCAGCCUGCCAUGGCAACCCUCGCUAACAAACUAGUCUCCUGGACUGCUGACUCAGCAUAAUCUCCUUCUCCUAGCUCCACUCAUGCGAUUAGUCGCACUUUUGAUUAUUUUUUCCUCAAGUAGGCUUAUUUUUUAGUGCUUGUGUAGAAAAAAACAAUUUUAUAUUCGGCAUAGAAGUGACUUACAUACUUAUGAAUUGACUAAAAUUGACACACAAAAUGGCUGACAUAAUCGUGACUGACGUGAAAAAGUUUAUUUCCUGACUGGAGCUGCCAGUAUCUGAGAUCUGAUGGCGAAUAUCUUGUCUAUCACAAACUCCAAACCUAACUGAGCCUGCGUGUGAGGAAUUUUACUCAUUCAGAGUUUUCACUGCAAAAGGUACUUUUCUCACAACCAUAUAUAUACAUGUGCAGAAUCAAUCUCGUCUCUAACCAUUCCUUAUUUUCUGGGGAGACAGUAUAGAUGGCCUUCUCUUCUACUGUCAUGAGCUUGUUGAAAUUGACAUUCCUCGUGUACGUCGUAAAGGUCUUGGUUGCCAUGUCAACCUCUGACUCUUCAACAAUGCAUGCCGACGCCCCCUUACCACCAACAAACUGAGGAGGAGAAAAUGGAGAGAAGUAGAGGAACAAACAUGUGUGUCUGACUCACUCUCUCCAGCCACUUUGGGGCAGAGUUUGUUUUCCUCAGCAGUCGUCGUGACAACAACCUCCGACCCCUGCUCUGUCUACUGAGGGUGUCCUCGGAGAGCACGUGAUUGCUGUACGGAUUAGGGUAGCGCUGCCACAGCGCCUGGGCC